AUGGAUCGGUGGUCCGCCAGCGAUGUGGCCUCUUGGGCAAGCCAGAACGGCUUUCCUCAACACGCCAGAGACUUCCUGAAGCACGAGAUUACCGGCGAACUCCUCGUCCGCGCCGACCACGCAAUGCUCAAGGCCCUGGGCAUCACCGCAGUCGGCGAUCGCAUCGUUCUCCUCAACAAGAUCUACAACGAAAAAAUCAACAGCGGCAUCCCGAUAGAUGAGGACGAUUAUAUUCCGCAACAUGCUCGCCACAUGAAGCCUCUGCCAGAGAGAAUGUACGCCGAAUUAAGCUUCACCGAGUUCUCCGAAAAGUUGGCUUUCGACGUCCAGCGCCUGGAGCGAAUCAUCGAGGAAAAGGCUCCUUUCAGCCAGUCCAUGGACUCUGGGGCAUCGCGGAUCGUCGUGCACUUGAGUGGCUUGUCCUUCUUCGGCUCGGGCCAAAUGAGCUACCACGCCAUUCAGUCGCUGUCAGACUCGGUUGGCAAGCUGAGCUUCCAGCUGAUGACGCUGCAGGAAGAUCUGCAGCCCGUGUGGACUCUGGUCAAGGGAUACAAAAAAUUCCAAAAGAAAUCCACAGCCACGCCUAUCCCGCAUGUCGACACGGCGCUGCUCAACCAGCCUCAUGAAAGCAGUCUUCUCGCGACAUCCGUCCGGCACGGCUCGCCGAACGUAAUGGUCACCCCGAGCCUACAAAGCUCGGUGCCGAGCGUCAUCUCACCUGGCCAGCAAAAGCAAGAGGAUCUCAAUGUUAUCCGCAUCUACAUCGACCGGCUACUGGGCCUGACAACUUCAACCUACAAGGUGUGCCGGGUUCGACCGACACACACCUGCGCCUCUAUCAUCGCACACGUUCUCCGCGAUUGCAAAAUCAACGACCAUUGGCGGGAUUUUGCUCUGUGCAUGGAAUCCAGCGACAGUGCGACGCAGUGUCUGAGCUUCAAUGCCACGCCGCUUCAGAUCCACCUGGAUUUCCUCAACCAGGGCAAAGAUGCGCCAAAGUUCACCCUCCGUCACAUCAAGCAGAACAAGACCCAGCUCCAGCGCGCUCCUUCGACCCUGCAAAACUCGCAGAUGCGUCGAACACCCGAGCCUCUUUCCUCGACUGAGCUGGAGUGUAUCGCCAUCGGCAUCUACGAGUACUCUGCUACACGCGAAGAUGAAACCGACAUUGCCAUCGGUGACAGGCUCAAGAUUGUUGCGACUGAAGGUGGCUGGUCUCAGGUGGAGCGCUCAAACGGCCUUUUCUGGGCUCCAAGCGGAUGCUUGUGGCUGCCCAAGAACGAAGAGGCCGUGCCGACGACUGGAUGGGUACUUUACGACUACUUUCGUGUCUCCAAGAACGAGCUGACUGUUUCUAAAGGCACAAAGCUGCUGAUCCACCGCAAGGCCGAGCACUGGCUCCUGGUCAGCGUCGGCGAGCAAAGUGGCUGGGUUCCCAGCUCGUACAUAUCCACGACUCCACCGGAGGAGCGAGAGCGCAAUGACGAAGUUUCGCCGAGGAAGCUGGCGAGUGCCCUCGCCACCACGCCAUUGUCGGCGAUGGUACGGUCCCGCAAUAUGGAGUUCAGAUCCGACUCGGCCUCGUCUGGACCCCGGUCGGACGGCUCUCCGGCGCUGUCGCUGCCGGCAGAUUUCCGGGACGACUCUUCGGCCCCCAACCGCGUGGCAACCGAUUCCGCGAAAUCGAGAUACGCACCGAGCGCCUAUUCGACCGCAGUCGACGACAGCCGGUCCCACAUCGGCCUCGAUGCGCCACUGGUGAUCUCCAGCACAGUCGAUGAUAUGACGGCAAUCCUGAAUCGGCUGAAAGAGCGCCACGCAUUCCUGACCGAGCACAGACUGUGGGGCUCGGCCGAGUCGAGCCGAGCGUCCUCGCUGCACAACCUUGGCUACUGCUUCGAUUUCUGCAACAUUCUGCUGCAAAGUGUCGGCUCCAACCGUGGCAAGGGACUGGUUCUUUCGAUCCAAAGCAGCAUUGCCCAGAGGCUUCAGACCCUCGUGGACGACAGCACGGCCAAGCUGGAGUCUCUGCACGCACCCAACAUUAGCCCCGAUCUGAUCACCACGCUCCUGCCGGGUUUGAUAUCCGACAUUUUCAAGGCGCUGGAGUCGAUUCUCGCCAUGUUGACGAGCAACGCCGCCGAAAUCUUUGCGACCCCCACGGCCUACGACGGCUUCAGCUACAGCCCUUCCUCUGGGCUCAAUGGCGACAUGGCACAGUCCGCCGCCGCCUAUUUCGCUGCAAAAACGGGUCAGGCGCACUCCUCUGGACCAUCUCCCACGAGUCUAGGUUACAUGGGGUACUCGGAGUCGCAGCUGCCUCAAGCCAACAAGCCUCUCGGUGCUGGCGGUGCUCCGGCUCCCAAGCUCUCGCACCAGCACAGCUUUGGACGUCUCGACGAAGGUCGCAGCUACAGCGCCAGCUCGCGUGGAACCGUCCCCGUGCCCGCCGAUGCUAGUAAUGGCGACCACUCGAUUGGCUUGCAGGUGGACGGCGUUCCCAUGUCCAAGGGCAAUAGCGGCGACCCGGCGCUGCGUGGGAUUUGGUCCAGCAAGACGAAUGACAUCCACAAGGAGCUCCAGUCCAAGAUCGGCCGACGCAACCAAGCCGAGGAAGACCGGGCUGGCAACCUGUCCGGACCCAACUCACCCAACACGGUUCCGUCACCUCGACUCAAGAAGAUCGGCAGCGACGGUGGUGAAUCGAGCGCCGCCAGACUGGCAGGAACCGGUGUUGGUGCGCCCGCCGCCAUCGCAAAAACCUAUGUCUACGAUAUUCGCCCGUACGAAGACCUGGUCAGCCGCAGGGACCCUGACCUGGACAUGGCCAAUCUUGAGCGAUAUCUGUCCAACGAAGACUGCCAACGACACUUUGGCAUGUCGAGGGAAGAACUGCAAAGGCAGCCGCCGUGGAAGAUCAGAGACCUGAAAAAGUAG